AUGGCACCACCAUCACAAAACAUAGAAAGAGAUAAUCAGGUGUCAGAAGAUAUCAUUGGUUAUUUGUUAGCAAAAAAUGACGAAGAUCGAUUGUUAGAGGUUGCCAAAUCAAACACUGACAACGUCGAAUUGGUCACUCGUAUUUGCGAAAGAAUCCACGAGAUUCUCAAUGAAAUCAACACCAAAAAGACACAGUUGGAGGAGUCGAUCAAACAAGAAUCGACCCGCGAGUCAGAAAUCAAGACAACCAUUCCAUACUACAAAUACUCUGCCGAGGAACGAUCCAAUCUGGAUAACAUCGCAUACCAUCGUACUCUGUAUGCUGGUCUUCCCGAACGUCUUCGUAUCAAUUUCGUGCAAUACCAAAGAAAGCUCACCGAUGCAUCGAUCCUUUUACUCCAAGCUGCCUACACAUCCUAUCAAAAGGAACUCAAGAUUGUUAAAUUUAACAAUGCUCCACCAUCAAAUGCUUCUGCCGUUGUAGCAGAUAUUGCUGCUUCUGCUGCCAAGCCAUCUGAUUCAAUGGAAGUUGAUAAUAACAACAAGAAUGGGUCACCAACAACAUCAGAAGGUGAUGCACAAGAAGAAGCAUUGUACAAAAAGUUCCAAGAUGUUUUAGAAAAGGUAUUGGCACCUAUUCAAUUACCAGAUUGUAUUAUGGAGAUUGCCAAGAUUUUGGAUGACAACAAGAUGGGUAUCCUUUGCAUCAAGGUUUGUCAACGUGCUGCCGAUGCCAUCUUGGCUCAAAGAGCACUUGUCACCAAGAAUCAAGUACAAUCACACCUCGAACUCAACCAACUUCCAUAUGCCGUUGCCGAGAGAGCCACUGGAUCCCUCUUUUCCACUUUGGCCUUUUUCAAGGACAAAAUCGCCAAAAAGGAGGCACUCAGCCAACAAGAGUUACAAGAACUUGAACUCUUACAAAAUGGUGAACUUUUAAAGGAAAUCAUUGAAUUCUACAUUCCAACUGUUCUCAAUGAUCCAGAACUCAUCUUAAAGAUUGGUCAAUUCUUGUUAAGCAAGGAACAAUUUAAACAUGUAAUUUUAUUAACUGAAAGAGCAAGAAUGAGACUUGAUGCAACUGAAGUAUCAAGAAAGGAAAAAUUGCAACUUGAAAAGAAGAUUCGUGAUCUUCAAGUAGACAUUAAAUCGAUUGAACGUGUCAAUGGUAGUACCACUGCCAAGACCGAUGAAGUAAAGGCACUUCAAAAACAACUCGAUGUAUUCAAACUCCUUCCAUCUCAUUACCAAGCCUCUGAUGCUCAAAUUGGUGAUUUCACACUUAGAAUUGCACAAUUACGUGUUAAAUGUAUUCUUGAAAUGAAAAAAGCAUCAAAGGUUAAUGUAAAUAAUUCAAUUGGAGAUGUAAAUGAGAAAUUGUAUGAAACUUUGGAUACAUUGAGAGAUCCAAAACACAUUUAUGAAUUGGCCAAGUUGAUUCAAUCACACAAGGAGAAUGAAGCAGCUCUUAGAUAUGGUGAGAGAUGUCAAAUGUAUAUUGGUGAGUUGGAAAACCAAAGAGAGAUUAGAUUGCCAAUCCAAAGCCAAUACGACGAGAUUUCAAAGCAAGAAGAGACCCUUCGUCUUGCAGGUACCAAGUUGUCAGCCAUCCAACAAGAAAAGCUCGAUGCCUUUAGAGCCAAGCUCGAUCCACUCCCAGCAUGGCCCUAUUUUGCCAACCUGUUCGAUCGUUAUCAAUACGAUGAGUUGCACUUGCUCAUUGCUAUCGUCAUGAUUAGCAGUGUGUUGGACAGCAAGAACAGCCUCGAAUCGCAAGUCGGCAUUGCCGAGUACGCCGCCAAAAAGGAGCUCAUCGAUCGUCAGUUUGAGAAUCUUGUGCACUUGUGUCUCGAAAAGUUCAAGGAUCCAGCCUACCUCGUCAAAUUCUCCACACACAUGCGUGGUAGCAAGGAGGACAAGGUCGUCAUCAAGAUCACCAACCAGUUGUUCAAGCGUUGUGCCGAGAUUGAAGACAUGCGUCUCGAACGUCUCUCUGCACUCAAGCGUAUCAGGACCACCACUGAAAGCAUCCCACGUGCCACUCCAGAAAAGCAGCAACAAUUGUUUGCCAAAAAGAAGGAGCAAGAACAGGCAUUGGAAGAGUUGCCAGUGUGGCCACACUAUGCCAGACUCGACGUUGAGCGUCAGUACGAGGACACCAAGUACCAAGCUUCGCUCGCAUUGAUGGAGUCGUUGCUUGAAUGCCACAACUUUAUCGAAGAGAAGCUCCGCAAGAAAAAGAUGUUUAAUCAGGCCAUCGCUGCCAACGUGUCCGAGGAAGAUCUCAUCAAAGAGCGUGAUUUGUUGAACCACCGUAUCACCGAGUCGUUGGCCGUCUGCUUGCCCAAUUUAGACAACCCCAAGCUUAUUGUCAACCUUGCCACCCAACUUGGCCCACGUCGCGAGUCAAUCUUUGUCGAUAUUGCCAAGUACUUCCACCCCAAGCUCGAAGAAUUGGCUGCCAAGGCUAGCCAACUCAAACAAGAUCAAGUAAUGCUCGCCCUUCUCGAAGAGGAGCUUGUCGACUUGACCCGCAUGAAAAAGGAUAUGUCGGAUGAAGACCUCGGUGAACUCGAGGGUCUCCGUGACCAUGUCACCAAGACCGCUGGAUCAGUCCCCUACCUCGAAGAGUAUCUCACUACCCACACCUACCACAGUACCAUGUGUACUCUUGGUAUCACCUAUGUCUACCAAGCACGUCUACAAAACUACUCCAAGUUUGGUGAUACUCCUGCACUCCUCGAACCAGCUAUCCGUCAAUCCAAGGAAAACAUUGCCUUUGUUCACAAGUUGAUCGAUACCUAUGUCGAGAAUCCAAACACCCUCAUCACCAUCAUGGAGACACUCCUCGCCAAAAAAGAGUUGGCCAGUUUGGGUGCUGUUGGCAAGUUGGCUUUCAGCAAGCUUGACAAGUUCCGUGCAUUCCAAUCCGAUGUCAAAUCGACCGCCGAAAAGAAAAAGGUUCUCAGUGACGACAAGGAAGCACUCGACAAGCAACGUCGUCGUCUUCCAACCGAGAAGCACCGUCAAUUACGCCAGUUGAUUGCCAAGCAAAAGAUUGACGAGGCACGUCCAGACUUCCAACACGCCGAUGCCGACAAGUUUGCCCUACAAGUCGCCAACAUCCUCAUUUCAUCGGUAUCCAACCAAAAGUCUGCCUUUGAAGCAUCGAUCACAUCAAUGGACGAAGAGUCACUCCACACUGUCCCAGCCCAACGUCGUAAGCUUAUUGCUGAAAUCGAAGCAAUGGCCAAGAUGUGCGUGUCGUACAUCUCUUCACUCGAGACACUUAUGAAGUUUGCACAAGACUUGUUUGACAAGAAGGAAUAUGCAUUGGUCAUCCAAGUAGGUCGUGUAGUAGAGGAAAUCAUCGACGAGAAGCGUCUCUUGAUCGAGAGAAAGGAAGAGUUGACCAAGGAAUACCGUGUCCACCAACAACAAUACCUCCAACAAAAGGACGACACUUUACGUGCCAAGAUCCAAAUCCAAAUCGAUCGUACUUUGGCUGCCAGCGAAGCUCUCCGUCCACCAUACACCUACGACGAAAUCUGUCAACACACCCUCACCAUCACACAACUCAUCAUCAAUGCCGCCAACUUUGAAGAUUUGGGUGAAGUGAUCCGCGACCAAACCAUCGUUGCCUUCAAGGUUGACCCAACCGCCGCCAGAUGGGACGGUAUUAGAAACUUGUCGUCCGAAGAGGAAUGGGCCGAGAUCAAGGAACAAUUGGUCGUCUUUGUCAUGAAGCGUGAAGAAAAUCUCAACAGCAAGAUUGAGUUGCUCAUGAAGGACGGUUUGUUCAAGCAAUGCAUUGAAAUCUUCCCACACCCAAGCACCGAAGAAGAUGAAUUAAACACCCAAAUGAUGCUUUUGGAAAGCCUCUAUGAAGCAGUUGACCAACACUCGAUUCAACACUUGCCCGCCGUUCUCCCACUCAUCCACAAGUAUGCCAAGCGUUGCUACCAGGAAUGGAAGAGCGAACGUCUCGAAUCACUCUUUGACGUGCUCCAAAGACGUUAUCCAGAAGAGAUUGCCAAGAUGUUUGAGGCUGCCGUAGACAUGAUCCUCGUCAACAUUCUCCAAUCACAAUACCCAGCCCUUUUGACCAUGCUCAAGACAUUCAAGAAGCGUAUGGUUGUCACACUCGGUCUCGAACCAUUGUGGCUCAAGUUCCUCGAAUCAUUCAAGCAAAAGAACAAGUCCAAAAAGAGAUUGAUUCAAAUGAUCAACCUCAUUGGCGACAGUGUAUGGCAAAUCGAACAACCAAACAAUCCACAUCCAGUCCAAAAAAAGAAAAAAGGCUCAAUCCAACUCUGCAGCCGCUGUCCCAAUUAA